UGGGGGGGCGGCCGGCUGUGCAAGUGGGACGGGGGUCAGAGCCUGGUGGAGGGAAGACGAACCUGGGGGGUUAGGAGAGGGGACUAGAAAAAGGAAGACGCCCAGACACAGGCAGGUGGACACACUGAGGAAGGCCCCCCACGCCUGAGAGCCCCCCAGAAGGAACACACAGCCCUCCCUGGGCCCCCAGGAAGGGAGCGCGAUGGAGGCCGCACACUCCAAGACCACAGAGGAAUGUCUGGCCUAUUUUGGGGUGAGCGAGACCACAGGCCUCACCCAGGACCAAGUAAAGCGGCACAUGGAGAAAUAUGGCCCCAAUGAGCUCCCUGCCGAGGAAGGGAAGUCCCUGUGGGAACUGGUGGUGGAGCAGUUUGAAGACCUCCUGGUGCGGAUCCUUCUCUUGGCCGCCUGCAUUUCCUUUGUGCUGGCCUGGUUUGAGGAAGGCGAAGAGACCAUCACAGCCUUCGUAGAACCUUUUGUCAUCCUCUUGAUCCUCAUCGCCAAUGCCAUCGUGGGGGUCUGGCAGGAGCGCAAUGCAGAGAAUGCCAUUGAGGCUCUGAAGGAGUAUGAGCCUGAGAUGGGGAAGGUCUACCGGGCAGACCGAAAGUCCGUGCAGAGGAUCAAGGCUCGGGACAUUGUCCCCGGGGACAUCGUGGAGGUGGCUGUGGGGGACAAGGUCCCUGCAGACAUCCGGAUCAUUUCCAUCAAGUCCACCACCCUCCGAGUGGACCAGUCCAUCCUGACUGGAGAGUCCGUGUCUGUCAUCAAGCACACGGACCCCGUUCCUGACCCCCGAGCCGUCAACCAGGACAAGAAGAACAUGCUCUUCUCGGGCACCAACAUCGCAGCUGGCAAGGCCUUGGGCAUCGUGGCCACUACUGGUGUGAGCACCGAAAUCGGGAAGAUCCGAGACCAGAUGGCUGCCACGGAGCAGGACAAGACACCCCUGCAGCAGAAGCUGGAUGAGUUUGGGGAACAGCUGUCCAAGGUCAUCUCCCUUAUCUGUGUGGCCGUCUGGCUCAUCAACAUCGGCCACUUCAAUGACCCUGUCCAUGGCGGCUCCUGGUUCCGAGGUGCCAUCUACUACUUCAAGAUUGCCGUGGCCUUGGCUGUGGCUGCCAUCCCUGAAGGCCUUCCCGCCGUCAUCACCACCUGCCUGGCCCUGGGCACGCGCCGGAUGGCGAAGAAGAAUGCCAUUGUCAGGAGCCUGCCCUCUGUGGAGACACUGGGCUGCACCUCCGUCAUCUGUUCUGAUAAGACCGGCACCCUCACCACCAACCAGAUGUCUGUGUGCAAGAUGUUCAUCAUCGACAAGGUGGACGGGGACAUCUGUGUCCUGAACGAGUUCUCCAUCACCGGCUCCACUUACGCACCGGAAGGAGAGGUCUUGAAGAAUGAUAAGCCAGUCCGGGCAGGGCAGUAUGAUGGGCUGGUGGAGCUGGCCACCAUUUGUGCCCUCUGCAAUGACUCCUCCUUGGACUUCAACGAGGCCAAAGGCGUCUAUGAGAAGGUGGGCGAGGCCACCGAGACGGCGCUCACCACCCUGGUGGAGAAGAUGAAUGUGUUCAACACUGACCUGAGGAGCCUCUCCAAGGUGGAGCGGGCCAAUGCCUGCAACUCGGUGAUCCGCCAGCUGAUGAAGAAGGAAUUCACCCUGGAGUUCUCCCGGGACAGGAAGUCCAUGUCCGUCUACUGCUCCCCAGCCAAGUCUUCCCGGGCCACGGUUGGCAACAAGAUGUUCAUCAAGGGGGCCCCUGAGGGUGUCAUUGACCGUUGCAACUACGUGCGUGUGGGCACCACCCGCGUGCCCAUGACCGGCCCUGCGAAGGAGAAGAUCCUGUCUGUGAUCAAGGAGUGGGGGACUGGCCGUGACACCCUGCGCUGCCUGGCCCUGGCCACCCGGGACACACCCCCCAAGCGAGAGGAUCUGAUCCUGGACGAUUCUGCCCGAUUCAUGGAGUAUGAGACGGACCUGACCUUCGUGGGUGUGGUGGGCAUGCUGGACCCGCCCCGCAAGGAGGUCUCGGGCUCCAUCCAGCUGUGCCGCGACGCGGGCAUCAGGGUGAUCAUGAUUACGGGAGAUAACAAGGGCACGGCCAUCGCCAUCUGCCGGCGCAUUGGCAUCUUCGAGGAGAACGAGGAGGUGACCGACCGGGCCUACACCGGGCGAGAGUUUGACGACCUGCCCCUGGCCGAGCAGCGGGAAGCCUGCCGCCGUGCCUGCUGCUUUGCCCGCGUGGAGCCCGCACACAAGUCCAAGAUCGUGGAGUACCUGCAGUCCUUCGAUGAGAUCACCGCAAUGACUGGUGACGGAGUCAACGACGCUCCUGCCCUGAAGAAGGCCGAGAUCGGCAUUGCCAUGGGCUCUGGCACUGCCGUGGCCAAGACGGCCUCCGAGAUGGUGCUGGCCGACGACAACUUCUCCACCAUUGUGGCAGCCGUGGAGGAGGGCCGCGCCAUCUACAACAACAUGAAGCAGUUCAUCCGCUACCUCAUCUCCUCCAACGUGGGCGAGGUGGUCUGCAUCUUCCUGACGGCCGCCCUGGGGCUGCCCGAGGCCCUGAUCCCAGUGCAGCUGCUGUGGGUGAACCUGGUGACAGAUGGGCUCCCAGCUACCGCCUUGGGCUUCAAUCCCCCAGACCUGGACAUCAUGGACCGGCCACCCCGGAGCCCCAAAGAGCCCCUCAUCAGCGGCUGGCUCUUCUUCCGCUACAUGGCAAUUGGGGGCUACGUAGGUGCAGCCACCGUGGGGGCGGCCGCCUGGUGGUUCCUCUAUGCUGAGGAUGGGCCUCACGUCACCUACAGCCAGCUGACUCACUUCAUGCAGUGCAACGAGGAGAACCCCGACUUCGAAGGUCUGGACUGUGAGGUCUUCGAGGCCCCCGAGCCCAUGACCAUGGCACUGUCUGUGCUGGUGACCAUCGAGAUGUGCAACGCCCUCAACAGCCUGUCUGAGAACCAGUCCCUCCUGCGGAUGCCGCCCUGGGUGAACAUCUGGCUGCUGGGCUCCAUCUGCCUCUCCAUGUCCCUCCACUUCCUCAUCCUCUACGUGGACCCUCUGCCUAUGAUCUUUAAGCUCCGAGCCCUGGACGUGACCCAGUGGAUGAUGGUGCUCAAGAUCUCCCUCCCGGUCAUCGGGCUGGACGAGCUGCUCAAGUUUGUCGCCCGCAACUACCUGGAGGAUCCAGAAGAUGAGAGAAGGAAGUGAGCCCGCCUUCCGCCCUCUGCCCCGCCCCAUAGCGACGCAUCUUCAGCCAGAGCUGUGGCUCAGACCCCCCACUCCCCUUCACCCCCCCCCGACGUUUUUCUGUUUAUAAACACUCUGUCCUCUUCCCCUGUCCCCUCACCCCGUCCAACCCAGUCAACCCCCCUUUUCUCCCUCCUGGCCCGUACAGCCCCUCUUCCUCCCACCCCUACCCCUGGGGCUUGCAGGGACAAGGUGACCGAUUGAGCUGAGCUGCUUAUUUAUUGAAAAUAAAUGACAGAAAAGUC